UCGCGCCCUCCCACCCUCCCUUCCUCCCUCGCGGCGGCGCUUCCCAGGAGCGGCGCUGGCUUUAAAAAGCCCCAACCCCACCCCCCCAGCCCUGCACUCUGCACAGGCACUUGAGCGAGCCGGGCUAAAGCCAUGCGGCGCUCGCAGCUGCCUCGAUCCCUUAGGCUGCUGCGCGCUGGAGGAGGAGAAGGAGGAGGAGACAGAGGAGGACGCGGCGGCGGCGGCGGCGGCGGCGGCGUCUGCUUCAGUAGGAGGGGGACAGGCUCUCGGCUGCUGGCUAUGCGCUGCUGGAGCUGGCUCCUGGUGCUCGCGCUGCCCACCGCUUGCGCGGCGCUGCGAUCGCCCACUGUUUAUACCAACCACUGGGCUGUGGAAGUGCUCGGAGGGCCAGCCGAGGCGGACCGAGUAGCCUCUGCGCACGGGUAUCUGAACUUGGGACAGAUUGGAAACCUAGAGAAUUACUACCAUUUUUAUCACAGCAAAACAUUUAAAAGAUCAACCUUCAGUAGCAGAGGCACCCACACCUUUCUCAGAAUGGAUCCAAAGGUAAAAUGGCUACAACAACAAGAAGUUAAACGGAGAGUGAAGAGACAUGUUCGAAGUGAUACACAUUCCAUUUAUUUCAAUGACCCAAUAUGGUCCAACAUGUGGUACAUGCACUGCGGGGAUAAGCACAGUCGCUGCCGAUCAGAAAUGAAUGUCCCUGCAGCAUGGAAGAGAGGCUAUACAGGAAAAAACGUUGUGGUCACCAUUCUGGAUGAUGGAAUAGAGAGGAAUCACCCAGAUCUAGCAGCUAAUUAUGAUGCCUAUGCAAGCUAUGAUGUCAAUGGAAAUGACUAUGAUCCUUCUCCACGCUAUGAUGCCAGCAAUGAAAAUAAGCAUGGUACUCGCUGUGCUGGUGAAGUUGCUGCCUCAGCAAACAAUUCCUAUUGCAUAGUGGGCAUUGCAUACAACGCAAAGAUAGGAGGCAUUCGUAUGUUAGAUGGCGAUGUGACAGAUGUUGUCGAAGCGAAGUCACUUGGCAUCAGGCCCAAUUACAUUGACAUUUACAGCGCAAGCUGGGGGCCGGAUGAUGAUGGGAAGACGGUGGAUGGUCCUGGCCGCUUGGCCAAACAAGCUUUUGAGUACGGCAUUAAAAAGGGUCGCCAGGGCUUAGGCUCCAUCUUUGUCUGGGCUUCAGGAAAUGGAGGAAGAGAAGGAGACUACUGCUCCUGUGAUGGCUACACUAACAGCAUAUACACUAUCUCUGUCAGUAGUACCACAGAGAAUGGUUAUAAACCUUGGUAUCUCGAGGAGUGUGCUUCUACAUUGGCUACAACCUAUAGCAGUGGAGCAUUUUAUGAAGGAAAAAUCGUUACCACUGAUUUACGUCAGCGCUGUACUGAUGGCCACACAGGGACCUCUGUGUCAGCACCUAUGGUGGCUGGCAUUAUUGCCUUGGCUUUAGAAGCAAACAACCAAUUAACCUGGAGAGAUGUUCAGCAUCUGCUUGUGAAAACAUCUAGGCCAGCUCAUCUGAAAGCAAAUGACUGGAAAGUAAAUGGAGCAGGUCACAAAGUUAGCCAUCUGUAUGGAUUUGGCUUGGUGGAUGCUGAAGGUAUUGUAGUUGAAGCUAAGAAAUGGAAGGCUGUUCCCUCCCAGCAUAUGUGCAUCGCUGCAGCAGACAAGAGACCCAGGAUUAUUCCCAUUGAGCAAACUCUUCGGACAACAGCCCUGACAAAUGCAUGCGCAGACCAUUUUGACCAACGAGUAGUUUUCCUCGAGCAUGUUGUAGUUCGAGUUUCUAUUUCACACCCACGGCGAGGAGACCUUCAAAUUCACCUGAUUUCUCCCUCGGGAACCAAGUCUCAGCUUUUGGCAAGGAGAUUACUUGAUCAUUCAAAUGAUGGAUUCACAAACUGGGAAUUUAUGACUGUCCACUGCUGGGGAGAAAAAGCUGAAGGAGAAUGGACUUUAGAAAUCCAUGAUAUACCAUCUCAGGUCCGUAAUCCAGAGAAACAAGGGAAGUUGAAAGAAUGGAGCCUUAUUUUAUAUGGGACGGCUGAGCACCCUUAUAAUACAUUUAGCUCCCAUCAAUCUCGGUCAAGGAUGCUGGAGAUUUCAACACCAGAACUGGAACCAUCCAAAGCUGCUUUGUUUCAUAAACAAGUGGAAGUCACAGAAGAUGAGGAAGAUUAUACAGCUCCUUCCAUCCAAGGCUCUCCUAAUACUUUACAGACAAGUGUGUGUCAUCCAGAGUGUGGCGACAAAGGGUGUGAUGGACCAAAAGCUGACCAGUGCUUGAACUGUAUCCAUUAUAGUCUUGGAAGUAUCAAAACUGGCAGGAAAUGUGUGAAUGUCUGCCCCUUGGGAUACUUUGGUGAUUCUAUAUCAAAGAGGUGUCGAAGGUGUAGUAGGGGAUGUGAGACCUGCACAGGCAGAAGUCAGAAUCAGUGCCUGUCCUGCCGACGUGGCUUUUACUACCAUCAGGAAUUGAACACCUGUGUGACUCUGUGUCCAGCUGGCUUUUAUACAGAUGAAAGUCAGAAAUAUUGCCUUAAAUGUCAUCCAAACUGUAAAAAGUGUGUUGAUGAAGCAGAAAAAUGUACCCUAUGCAAAGAAGGAUUCAGUCUAGCAGGAGGUAGCUGCAUUCCAGACUGUGCACCAGGCACAUACUUCAAUUCUGAGUUGAUCAAAUGUGAGAAGUGCCAUUCAACCUGUCAAACAUGUGUAGGACCGGGCAAAGAUGAAUGUAUCUAUUGUGUCAACAAUUUUAAAAUCCAUGAGAAGAAAUGUGUCCCGGGCUGCAACGAAGGAUUUUAUUUUGCCAAGGUGCCAGGUUUCCUGCAAAAAGUGUGUGCAAGGUGUGAAGAAAAUUGUUUACAUUGUGAAGGCUCCAGCAAGAAUUGUGUCAAGUGUAAAGCUGGUUUCAUGCUCCUGGGAAACACGUGUAUAGCAAAUGAUACCUGCAGCAAUGCUGCUGAAAUGUUUUGUGAAAUGGUGAAAUCAAAUAAUCUCUGUGAGCGGAAGCUCUUCACACAACUUUGCUGUCGGACAUGUCUUCUGGCUGGAUAGAGUGAUUCAGUGUCUGCACCCAAGAAAGAAAGCAUCCUGCAAGUCCAGUUUUGCCCAACUUUUAGGACAAAGUUUUUUUCAGUUUGGGGAAUGUUUUCAUAUAGUGCUGUUGAGGAUGCUCUUUUAUGUUUGACAGUUUUAAUCUCACCAUGAACUUUUUUCUUCAGCAUUGUCUCUUUUUUAACACAAGAUGGAAUUUUGUUAUUGUUGUGGAAGUCUCAAAGGGCAAUUUUUGAAAUGGUGAUAUUAAUUCUUUCAAACACAGGGGCACCUGAGCUGCAAUGGAUAUAUAACUUGUGUACCUUGGCCAUAUUAGCCAAAUCCUCUUAACGGACUCAAAAUGGAAAUGCUGCAAAUUUAAAGAUUCCAUGCUCAGGACUUAUAGCAGCAUGUGGGAACGUGGGUUAACUGAAUCUCCAAAACCAAAGCAGGAAGGGAAGAAAUCUAAUAUAAAAGCUGUUUCUCCCCACCUCGGGCUAUUGGAUGACAUCACUGUAAAUCUAUAUAGGAUAGUUAAAACAAUAGAAUACAUUUGUGUUCUAGCCACACAUACAGUGAAGAAUUGGAUAAGUCACAAACUUGAAUGUCAAGCAAAAUAAUUAAAUUGGCCAUUUGAUAAGACCAAAUAUGUUGUAGUUUUGGCCGUGUAUUUUAGGAUCUCUGGGAAUAGAGUGUUUGUUUAUUUACUUACUAAAGCUAAUUCUGAAACUGCUAUUAAUGGUUUACCCAUUCAAAUCCAAAAGCCAAAUCAGAAGAUUCUUACUUUCUCCACAGAAUUCAACUACUGAGAUCAGUUUAGCACAUUAUUCAUAUUGCCACAGAUCUUCUACCAGUAGGGUUUUUUAAAUUUUUUUAAAUCUCAGUAAAAUCAGUUUACUUGUAUUAAUACAACUCUCUGAUAAACUCUUACAGAGGAUGACAGCAGAGUAUCUUAGGCUUUCCAAUGAAUAAGCCAAGAAAAACCCUAAUUAUACUAAGCAAUUUUGUCAAGCAAAUCAAAACCCAUUCAGUGAAUCUUUAAGAGAAUCACUUGUUGUUUUAUGGAAUUGCUUUUAAAAUAUAUUUGGUGACAUUUAUUUUAAGUAACUUAUGCAGUUGUGGGUUUUUUUUCAGUAGAUGUGUUUUUGAGGCAAAUAGACACAUUUCUGUGUGUGCUGUGGGCCUAUAUGGACAAAGAAUGACUUAUUCUUCCUUGAAACAUUUGUGGAUAUCAUUUUUUAAGCUAUGUGUUCUAAUUUUUGCCAAUGUUAAUUAUUUUGAAAAGUGUUUCAUAUUUUUGCAGUGAGAUGCACAGAUCUGCUUGAUCGAUUCAUUUUAGUAUGGAAAUAACAGGAUUCUUUGAAUAGCAUUUUUUUUGCCACUUUGCCCUAUUUUCUUCUUCCACCUCUAACAUACUGGCCUUUUCCUUCAUGAGCAGGUGAGAACCAUGAGCUACAUGGAUCAGCAACCCAAAAAAAGCCCUAAAACAAAAACAAAACAAAGAGAAUAAAAUUUUAAACACUAAGUUAAUAAAAACAAUUAACAUCCCAUACUAAAA